UCUCGCAGGAAUUCUGAAGAGCUGCAACAAUGCACCCGUGAAUAAUGAGUAGUACCUACUGUGGCAACUCUUCAGCUAAGAUGAGUGUCAACGAAGUAUCAGCUUUCUCCUUGACUCUGGAGCAAAAGACUGGCUUUGCUUUUGUUGGGAUUUUGUGUAUCUUCUUGGGACUUCUAAUUAUCAGAUGCUUCAAAAUCCUGUUAGACCCAUACAGCAGCAUGCCUUCCUCUACCUGGGAGGAUGAAGUUGAAGAGUUUGAUAAAGGGACAUUUGAAUAUGCACUGGCGUGAGAGUCCCAGCUUGAUAGGUUUUAUGGUUGUGCCAUUGGGACACGUGGCGGAUACGUUUGUAAUUACCUUGAGUGUGCAGGAGAGCAGUUCAGUUAGUGCACUGAGUUCAGUAAACAUCUGCGGUUAAUUUAUCCACCAUGCUGUGUAAAUAAUAAACCA